AUGCUGCAUAAACUCAUUCAAAUACCUCGAGUCUUAGCGAGGUCAUUUAGAACGUCAUCUGUUGGUUAUAAGGCAACAUUGGGUCCAAUACUUAAAAACAAAACCCAAAUUAAAGAAUUAGUUAAUCGAUCAGAAUGGAAUAUUUUAGACAUUAUAAAAUUUUCGGAAACCGAAGUAAGGAAAAUAAAGAUAGAUUCAAGAGUUAUAACUAAAGUAUUGAAAGCUUCUGGCUUAAAAGAUAACUUAACUGAAGAUGAGAAACGAAGUCUCAUCAGAGGUUUAAAAUUGCAAAUGAUAUUAAUUAAAUACUUGUACGAGGGAGAUGAGGAAGAAUUCCAAAAGACAGAAGAAAGUAACGAUGAUGUAUUUAGACUAAUAUUGUCGGAUCAUAAGACACCUAAUCCUAUAACAUUAAAGAAUUUGUUAUCCAGCAUAGAGAAUUUAGAGAGCGAAGUUGAUGCGGAGAAGGGGGAAAUUAAGUCCAGUUUAGACAUAAGCAAAUUGAAUGGGGACAACCCUACAUAUUUUACAGUUAAAUCCAAUAAAGAAUAA